GGACGUGAGAGUAUCGAGGCCUUCGAGCCAGAACGCCAGGCCCGAUUUUCCUUCCCCACUCUGGCCUUGCGACUGAGCUCCGUCCAUGGAGGAAUCCCGUCUCUAAACCCUAAGCCCUAGCCUAGGGUUUCCGCCGCUCACCUCGAUCCUGUCGAACUGGAAGAGAGCGAUUGCAGAGAGCCAUGGUUUCCCUUCCCCGCCUGGCUCUACUCUUCAUCUCCUCCUAUCUGCUCUUCUUCCAGGCGGUUGCGGCGCGGCAAGCCUUCCGGCGCGAUCCCGGCCAUCCUCAGUGGCACCAUGGAGCCUUCCACGACGUUGAGGACGGCAUCCGCGCCGACGUCCGCCGGAUGCUCCAUACCCGCGCCGAGGUUCCUUUUCAGGUUCCUCUUGAGGUGAAUAUAGUUCUUGUUGGUUUCAACGGUGAUGGAGGCUACAGAUACAUGCUGGAUGUGCACAAGCUUGAGGAUUUCUUGAAAGGCAGUUUCCCAACACAUCGGCCCUCUUGCCUCGAGACAGGCGAGCCAAUUGAUAUCGAGCAUCAUAUUAUAUAUAAUGCGAUCCUUGCUGGGCAACCAGAAGUAAUUGCUCUUGAGAAGGCAUUAAAAGAUGCGAUGGUUCCUGCUGAGACUGCCAGAGAGAGUGAAUAUGGAAGGCAGCUUCCACUUUUUGAGGUAGAAGCAACUGUAGUGGAGCCAAUAUUCCAGAAGUUAUACUCAUUUAUAUUUGAUGUACAAAGUGGUGGUUAUUCUGCAACUGAGAUGGACAGACCUGUACCUUUUGCAAUAUUUAUUGUGAAUUUUGACAAGGUCAGAAUGGAUCCUAGGAACAAGGAGACUGAUCUUGACAGCUUAAUGUACGGUAGAAUUGGUGGACUGACAGAGGAACAACUGAAAAAGCAAGAGGGGGAUUAUAUUUACCGUUAUCGUUACAAUGGAGGAGGAGCAUCUCAAGUUUGGCUGAGUUCUGGGAGAUUUGUUGUAAUUGAUCUCUCAGCAGGCCCUUGUACAUAUGGAAAAAUAGAAACUGAAGAAGGAAGCGUUAGCUUCAGAACAUUGCCCCGUCUAUCAAAUUUAAUCUUUCCAAGAGGACCAAUUGCCGCCAGUGUUGCUUCAACACAUGAUCUUUUCAUGGGUCAGCUUGGGGCUAUAAUUUCAACCACCAUUGAGCAUGUAAUAGCCUCAGAUAUUAGGUUUGAAACUGUUGAUUUGACGACAAGGUUGCUAAUACCAAUAAUUGUACUGCAAAACCAUAAUAGAUACAACAUCCUUCAAGCUGGCCAUAAUUAUAGCAUAGAUAUUCAAGGAAUUGAGAGAGAGGUGAAAAAGAUGACCCAUGCUGGACAGGAGGUAAUACUUAUUGGAGGUUCGCAUGCAUUGCAUCGCCAUGAAAAGUUGGCUAUUGCUGUUUCAAAAGCUAUGAGAGGUCAUUCUCUUCAGGAAACCACAAAGGAUGGACGGUUUCAUGUCCAUACCAGAACAUAUUUGGAUGGUUCCAUUCUUAAAGAGGAGAUGGAGCGUUCUGCUGAUGUGCUUGCUGCUGGUAUACUAGAAGUUGCAGAUCCCUCUCUCUCGAGUAAAUUUUUCCUCCGUCAGCAUUGGAUGGAUGAAUCAGAUAGUUCACAAGAUUCCAUUAUCAAGCACAAACCAUUAUGGGAAAGUUAUAUGCCUAAACAUGCCAAAGAUAAGAAACGAAGUGAAAAGAAACAGGGAAAUUUGUUCAAAACCUAUGGAACCAGAGUGAUUCCUGUCUUUGUACUAUCAUUGGCUGGUGUGGAUGCUGACCUUCUCAUGGAGGAUGAAAGUCUUGUUUGGACCAGUAGGGAUGUUGUCAUUGUCCUUCAGCAUGAAAAUGAAAAGAUACCUCUAAGCUAUGUCUCAGAAACCACCAGACAAUUUGCCUUUCCAUCCCUGGCACAGCGUCACAUAUUGGCAGGAUUGGCUUCCGCAAUAGGAGGUCUGAGUGCACCUUAUGAAAGAGCAUCACAUAUACAUGAAAGGCCUGUCCUGAACUGGCUUUGGGCUGCAGGCUGUCAUCCAUUUGGGCCAUUCUCCAAUUCAUCUCAAAUCAGUCAAAUUCUCCAGGAUGUUGCAUUGAGAAGCACAAUAUAUGCACAGGUUGAUUCUGCUCUUCGCAAGAUUCGGGAAACAUCAGAGGCUGUGCAGUCUUUUGCUGCUGAACACCUUAAAACGCCUCUUGGUGAGCCUGUGAAGGGCAAGAAGAAGAAGUCGAGCACCGAGCUGUGGGUCGAAAAGUUUUAUAAGAAAGUAACCAACUUACCGGAGCCUUUCCCACAUGAGCUUGUUGAGCGCUUAGAGCAGUACUUAGAUAAAAUGGAGGAGCAACUUGUGGAUCUAUCUUCGCUUUUAUAUGAUCAUCAGCUAGAGGAUGCAUACCAGAACAGUUCUGACAUACUUCAAAGCACUAUAUUUACACAGCGGUAUGUAGAGCGUGUUUUGGCAACUGAGGAGGAGAAAAUGAUGUGCUGCAGCAUUGAGUAUAGUCAUCCCAAACAGUCAUCACAGGCCUUUGUCUAUGGAGGGAUUCUUCUAGCUGGAUUUUUUGUAUACUUCAUUGUUAUUUUCUUUUCUUCACCAGUCCGCUGAAAGAAACAUGCGCCUGAAGAUUAGAGGCUUGUAGUGCUGGAUUUUUGAAAACUUAGAUAUGAUCGAAAUUAGUAAUACAAAUCUCGUUCUAACUAAACGAUUUGCUUGUUAUCUGGAACGCUACUAUAGUCUUCCUGGAAAACUGAAAAAGGCACUUGGAAUAAACUGAAAAUUGUGGUGUGAAGUAA